GCAUUCUUGGGUUGCAAGUGAAUUGGUAGUUGCUCCCCGCUUAGUUGCCAGCAUACCCUUUUCCAAUUUAAACAAUGCUAAUUCAACGGAAGGCUGCGAGGGCUGCAGGUGAACCAGGAGUUGCACCCCUCGAUUACCAGCCCCCCCACUUUUAAUUUUCAACUGCGUCAACUUCAAGCUCGACCCAUCCACGCUCUCAACGUCUCCGCCUCCUUGAAAGUCGAAAUUUCCUGUGCAAAUCGUACCUCAGUCAAUUUUAUACGCAUCUUAAACGCAUUGCAGUGAUAUUCACACAUACUCCACGUCGUCACACUUGCCGCCAGCAGCAACGCUCGACACCAUGGCUUCUCUCAACGAAACCGCCGAACCGGUAUUCCACUUGUUCAAGAAGCUUCCCCCUGAACUCCAACAGGAAGUCUGGCAUCAUGCAAUGGGUGAGAUUGGAGAGCGGGUAGUAGAGUUUCACGGAGGAUUCUAUCAAAACAUUGAAGGCGUUGCGAUCGAGGUUCCAGGCGAUAAACAACAACAGUGGCCAACCUAUAAAGAGGCAUUUCUUGCGUUCACCGAUCCCACCGCUGCCUUUGAGAAAGAGCGUGAAAAUGAAGGGGGUGCUAUUUGGACACCUCGAUUCACAUCAUCUUGCGCAACUCCCCCAUUUCUUCAUACCACUCACGGCUCUCGCAAAUGUGCGCUAAGACGAUGGAAAUUAUCUUUUGCCCAUGGAUGUCACCCGGGAAAGGUAUAUUUCGACUUCGACAAAGACAUUCUGGUAAGCUUGCUCUUCCUCAUUGUUCUUGCUCGCACGCCGAUUAUUUGAGCAACGCACAUGUAGUCACUCACCACGGGUUUUCUGGUCAUCAGCACAUCAUCUCAUGGGUCCCUGCCAUAUACUGACCUAUGUUCAGAUCGUCGGUUCACGUUUGGAGGUAGCCCGUGCUUUUAUUUCGGAGAUCGAUACAAAUUCCCUCCAAAAGCUUCAGCAUAUUGCUAUCAAACCAGACCGCAGAUUCCAACUUGAUUACGCCCAAUUUGAGCCACCUGCUUGGAGCGUGUUCCUAAGCCCAGUUUCAGUUCCAGGUUACGAUUCGACUAAAAAUUGUAUGAAGACCAUACGUGACAAGCUACCUUCCAUUAGUUGUGUUCGUUUGAUCAACGAAAAGCUGGAUCUGGAGGGAGAUGAGUGCGAUGUCAGACCUUAUGCAUAGUAGCACCUCAGUCGUACUAACCCCUUACACUUCUCGAGAAUCAUCUGGCGCUCCAGAAAGAAGUAUCAAUCAACGUCUUUGUCUGAACUUCCUUAUGGAUCUCGAGAUAACUUGCAUGAAGACAGGAAUUCGCAACUUUCUAAAGGCCUGCGCUGAUAAACAUACACCCGACUCAAUUCGGACUAAACUUUUAAAGCUUGCCAGACUGUUUGAGAUAACACGCGUCGAAUACCAACGUGUUACUCGGGAUAUCUGAGGCACAAUUAUGGUCAGGAAACCAGGAAAAAAUGUGUUCUACCUGACUGCAUGAAAGGAGGCUAGAGACAUACUUUCAAGUUCCAGGUUCAGCUUCCGGAUUGCGUGGUGGUGUGGACAAUAGGCCUACUGCUUCUUGCCUUUUGGAGUAUUUACGUUACCAAAAAGAAAUACCUUUGUGCUGAGGGAUUGCAUUGGAAGGCGGCGGACCUUUUCUCAUGGUAUUGUAAUCGGGUCAUCGUGGAAUGUCCCACUGGGGUGCAGGCUUUUCAAGGGGGGUUAUUGAAUUAGCGAAAGGCUCUAUAAGAGCGAAUAAGUGUCCUAGACUCUUAUAACUUUCGAUAGGAG